CCUGCCAGGCAUCUGGCUGCUCUACGUUUAUUUCUGGAGGCGCUGUGUGUGUGUGUGUGUGUGUGUUAUUUUUUUCUUGCUCAAUCAGUCCCAACAGGUGGAUAAGUCGAUUGUGCAUCGGUGAAAAUACACCCUGAAGGAAAUUGGACGCGUUUCUAAACCCGGUGUAAUCCACCGAGGAAACUUCGCUGUUGCUUAUUUUUGUCUCCUGGAUUUGUUGCGCGGUGAACUGACUGCGGUGUGCGCCGGUCUGCGUUUUUUUUUUUUUUUUUUUUCCAAAAUUAGAGCGAAUGGAAGUCGUGAUCAAAACGGACCGAAAUGUGGAUGUACAGUGGGAGUACUGUCAAGUCUUCAAACAUGAGAAAGGAGAAUGCAGACUAGACUAAAAAGCAAGAGAAAGACGGACUGGCAUCACAAGGAAGCAACACAUUAAGAAGCGGGGUCUCCACGCAGAUCCACACUGCAGGUUUCAUUUAGGGGAUGAGAAAUUCAAGAAGUUAAGGUGAUUUUUCCUUUUUUUUUUUUUUAAGCUUUACGCAUCUGUUUUAAUAGUCUACAUGUGGUCUUGGAAUAUUUUCCAGAGGAGGAACAUUGAUCUCCAUGAGCGAAGUUCCAAUGCCCAACGUCCCACAGUGUGAACUGCCCCAGCCUGGCAGCAGCUGUAGCAGUGUUAACGGAGUGCUGGUAAGCUGAAGCCUGGGGAGAUGUCACAACUAUACUAUCGGCGGACUGACAGCUCCUCAUACCGGGACCGCAUCCCGCUGAGAAUUGUGAGGGCCGAGUCGGAGCUGUCGCCUUUGGAGAAAGCCUACCUUGGAGCCGUGGAGAAGGGAGACUACGGCAGUGUCAAACAGGCUCUGGAGGAGGCAGAGAUCUACUUCAAGAUCAACAUCAACUGCAUCGACCCGCUUGGCCGCACAGCUCUGCUGAUUGCCAUUGAGAACGAGAACCUGGAAAUCGUUGAACUAUUGCUGAGCUUCAACGUCUACGUCGGAGAUGCCCUGCUGCACGCGAUCCGCAAGGAAGUGGUGGGAGCCGUGGAGCUGCUGCUAAAUCACAAGAAGCCUAGCGGUGGCAUGCAGGUUCCUCCUAUCUUAUUGGACAAGCAGUUCUCUGACUUCACCCCUGACAUCACUCCCAUCAUCCUCGCUGCGCACACCAACAACUAUGAAAUUAUCAAGCUGCUGGUGCAGAAAGGCGUGUCUAUGCCGCAGCCACAUGAGGUGCGCUGUAACUGUGUGGAGUGCGUGUCCAGUUCAGACGUGGACAGCCUGCGGCACUCGCGCUCACGCCUCAACAUCUACAAAGCGCUGUCGAGUCCCUCCCUGAUUGCGCUCUCCAGCGAGGACCCCUUCCUCACCGCCUUCAGGCUCAGCUGGGAGCUGCAGGAACUCAGCAAGGUGGAGAAUGAAUUCAAAUCAGAGUAUGAGGAGCUCUCUCAGCAGUGUAAACAAUUUGCCAAGGACCUCCUGGACCAGACCAGAAGCUCCAGAGAGCUGGAGAUGAUCCUCAACUACAGAGACGACAUCAACCUGUUGGAGGAGGAGGGCAACAACGACCUGGCAAGACUCAAACUUGCUAUCAAGUACCACCAGAAAGAGUUUGUAGCUCAGCCAAACUGCCAGCAGCUCUUGGCGUCCCGGUGGUAUGAUGAGUUCCCUGGGUGGAGACGGCGCCAAUGGGCAGGGAAGUUUUUCACCUGCGUCUUCAUCGGCCUCCUCUACCCUGCGUUUGCUCUCUGCUACCUCAUUGCUCCUAAGAGUCGCUACGGCCUCUUCAUCCGCAAGCCCUUCAUCAAGUUCAUCUGCCACACAGCGUCCUACCUGACCUUUCUAUUCCUGUUGCUCCUUGCCUCCCAGCAUAUUGUCACCACUGAGCAGGACAGGCAGGACAGGCAGGGUCCUGCACCAACCACUGUGGAAUGGAUGAUUCUGCCCUGGGUACUCGGAUUCAUCUGGGCAGAAAUCAAACAAAUGUGGGAUGGCGGUUUCCAAGACUAUGUCCACGACUGGUGGAAUCUGAUGGACUUUGUGAUGAACUCUCUAUACCUGGCCACCAUCUCCCUCAAAAUUGUAGCCUACACUAAGUACAGUGGUAGUAAACCCAGAAACCAGUGGGAGAUGUGGCAUCCAACACUAGUAGCUGAAGCAGUGUUUGCCAUUGCCAACAUUUUCAGUUCCCUUCGCCUCAUCUCGCUGUUCACAGCCAACUCUCACCUGGGGCCGCUGCAGAUCUCUCUUGGGAGGAUGCUGCUGGACAUCCUGAAGUUCCUGUUCAUCUAUUGCCUGGUCUUACUGGCCUUUGCUAACGGCCUAAACCAGCUUUACUUUUACUAUGAGACCAAAGCUUCAGAUGAGAAGGGCAAAUGCAAAGGCAUCCGCUGUGUGGAGCAGAAUAACGCUUUCUCCACGUUGUUUGAGACCCUGCAGUCUCUCUUUUGGUCAAUCUUUGGUCUGAUCAGCCUGUAUGUCACCAACGUGGAUGCAGACCAUCAGUUCACGGAGUUUGUCGGCGCCACCAUGUUCGGCACCUACAACAUCAUCUCACUGGUGGUGCUCCUCAACAUGCUCAUAGCCAUGAUGAACAACUCCUACCAGCACAUUGCUGAUCAUGCAGACAUUGAGUGGAAGUUUGCCAGGACAAAGCUGUGGAUGAGUUACUUUGAGGAAGGAGGCACUCUGCCAGCCCCGUUCAACAUCAUCCCCAGCCCCAAAUCAUUCUGGUAUCUCAUGUGCUGGAUCAAGAGGCAAGUGUGCAAGAGGACAAGAUCCAAGCAACCCGAAACCUUUGGAACUCUUGGAAGGCGAGCAGCAGAGAACGUGAGGAUAAACCAUCAGUAUCAGGAGGUACUGAGAAACUUGGUGAAACGUUACGUGGCAGCCAUGAUCAGAGAUGCCAAGACAGAGGAAGGUCUGACGGAAGAGAACUUCAAGGAGCUGAAACAAGAUAUCUCGAGUUUUCGUUAUGAGGUGAUGGGUAUGAUGAAGACGGGGAAGCCUGCUCUACAGGGGGCAAAGGCCAGUGGCAGUUCAGUGGACUCCAGUCUUGUUUACUCCAACUCCUCUCUCGAGGAUUCCGCCUGCCCCCAGAGCAGCCAAGUCAAAAGCAAAUUCAACCGAUUCAAGAUCAUUGCAUCCAUCCUCAAGCAGGGCAGUUCUACAGCUUCACCCAGGCCACCUGAAGCCUCCAACGGCCUGCCUAACGGACUCUUGUCCCCAGUGUCUGAUGAGAGCUCCAGCAACAAGUCAAGCCAGAAGAGAAAUGUGCCUAAAGAUAUCACUGACUUUGGCUUGUUCCAGAAACGCCACUGGAGCAGCGGUGGGGAAGGAUCGGGUGGAGGAGAGCUUUCCAGAGAGAUGUACUCUUUGUCAGAGGAAGCAGGGGAGUCUGGGGGCUCAGAUGAAGAGGGGCAGGACAAAGAGCAUACCAGAAAAGGUAAGGAUGAGAAAAGACUCCUGGAGACAGAAAAUAAAGAUGAAGCUGCAGCAAACGAGGCCCUGGAUGAAAACAGCUCGGAUGAAGGUGGAAGAAGAGAAACGGAGAAGGACAGAGAGAUUUUACCCUGCUCUGACUCAGUAGCUGAUGGAUGUUAGUCAGGGUCAAGAAGUGUGAGAUGUGACAGUACGUAUAUGAAUUAAACCACAGGCCAAGUAAAGCUGGACUGAAGACAAAAAGACUGACAAUCAAUGUGAGCUUCGAGUGAGGGCAUUUGUUUUGCAGAGUCUAACUUUUCCAGUUAUGACUAAACUGAUGAUCAUGUUUGAUCUUUGGAGACUCAGGGAGGCCUUCGCUUCAUGUGUUUUAAUGCUGUUAAAUUAGUAGUGCAGAUGCAGCAAAGGUAAACGGAUCUCUGUGUGAGCAGUGCAAGGAUUUAGAUUUUAGGAUAAAGUGAUUUCAUCUUAUCUCAUUCAUACAGAUAAUUGGGAAGUAAUUAUUUCCUGAACCUGAUCAUUUUCUUUUUUUUAAUCUCUUCUCUGCCCCCUGCCUGUUAUCUGACAAAUGUCCCACCGUUCACCAUGCUCUCUCCUUCAUCGAUCUCUCUCUACCUCUUUCCCUCUCCUGUUAUCUCUGCACUGCUUAACUCUUCCCAUCCUUAUCUCACUGGAGCAAUAGAUAUGUUGUGUUUUAGACCCGACUUUUCUGCCUUACUCCGUCUGUUCCUGCACUUUACACACUUUACACUGGCGUGCAGUGUCUCCAGGAUGAUGUGUCAAGCUCUGAUCGUGCAACAACAAUUCUGUAAAUGUUUUUCUAUGCAAAAACCUGGGAUUGUGAUUUUCAUCAUUCUGAAGAGGAUACUGCUACACAUGACAUGACAGUUUAUGACUAUGUAAGGUACAGUGUGGCCAACUGUCAGUCAAACAAAGAUGGCAGAUAUACAACAUGGACACAGCCUGUGGACCAUUUAAAGCAACAUAUUAUUCAUGUUUUAUCACUCCUGCAGAAAAUAAACAUGUUAUUUUAAACAGAUUUCCUGUUUUUAACUGGUAACUAUAGAUGUCAUGUUAGUUUGAAUGAAUGAUGUUAUAGAAAUUAAAAC